UUUCCGUUCUCUUCUCGGCACUCAAACAGAAUUCCUUGGAUUCUCGCCUUUUCUGUGUUUCUGCAUAACUUCGCCUCGAUUUUCCCUUUCUGUUUCGUUAUCUUGAGAUUUUCUGGUUCGUUUUCGAUCGAAGGAAAGUGAUCUCUUCAAAGAUUUCUGUGUAUUUUGCUGCCAUUGAUCAGAUUAAUUAGAAGCGUGAAUGUUUUAAUGGAGACCAAAGGUGGGAAGAAGAAAUCUAGCAGUAGUAGUGUUUCCCUGCAAUACGAAGCACCUCUCGGCUACAUCAUUGAAGACGUUCGUCCCAACGGUGGCAUUGAGAAGUUCCGAUCUGCUGCUUAUUCCAACUGCGUGAGGAAGCCUUCUUCAACUCCACCUCCUUCCCCGAUCGGGUUUGAAGGCUUUGAAAAACGCCUUGAAAUCUCCUUCUUAGAGCCACCACUUUUCAAGGAUCCGGAAGGUUUAGGUCUCCGCGCUCUCACUCGAGCCCAGAUUGACUCCAUCCUUGAACCUGCUUGCUGCACCAUUGUGGCUCAGCUCUCCAACACUGAGUUCGACUCGUACGUGCUAUCUGAGUCGAGCCUUUUCGUAUACCCUCUCAAAAUCAUACUCAAAACAUGCGGCACUACUAAGCUACUCCUGUCAAUCCCUCCGGUUCUCCAACUGGCAAACUCGCUCUCACUCUCUGUUUCGAGUGUCAAAUACUCCCGGGGAAGCUUUAUCUUUCCAAACUACCAACCUGCCCCUCACCGCAGCUUUACGGAGGAAGUCUCUGCAUUGAAUGAAUUCUUCGGACACAUGAAUGCCGAGGCGUAUGUGAUUGGCGAUUCUGCCUCCCCGAAGCGGAACUGGCAUAUUUACUCGGCAACGAAAGAGCCAUCAAAACAGAAGCCACUAAAUCCGACGGAUGGCAUCAAUCUUGAGAUGUGUAUGACCGGUUUGGACGGUAAAAAGGCGUCCGUCUUCUUCAAGAAACAGGGAAUUGAUUCGACGGAGGAAAUGACGAAAUUGUCCGGAAUAUGUGACAUCAUCCCCACUCACGUGAUCUGCGAUUUUGAAUUUGACCCGUGUGGGUACUCUAUGAAUGGAAUAGAGGGUACGGCUUUUUCUACGGUUCACGUGACUCCAGAGGACGGUUUUAGUUAUGCCAGCUAUGAGGCUGCAGGGUUCGACACUGGCUCGGUUAAGCUGGAGCCACUGGUCAAUAGGGUGCUCAAGUGUUUCAGUCCAAGCGAGUUCUCUGUAGCGGUCACAUGCCAUGGUAGUGGGUCUCUGAAGUGGGCCAUGGAGGGCGCUGACGUAGAGGGAUACUGGUGUGAGAAUUUGGUGAAGCAAGAGUUGGUAGGUGGAGGGUGCGUGGUGUACCGAACGUACGUGGCGAAGAGUGAGGUGUGCGCACUGCGCACAGCUGCUGUUAAGGGGAGCGAAAAGUCUUGCUGGAAGGAGGUAGCUGAAGAGGAAGACAUGGGUGGUGCGGUGGUGGUGUGUCGUUGCGUCUCCUCCGUCUGAGGCCAGCCAAUCAGUGUGUCGGUUUGAGUCGUAGUCUCGUCCACAGCAUUUAGCUGGGAGGCUUUUCCUUCCAUGGUAAUAAACGAGUGUAUUUGUUUUAAUUAUUUCUUUAAUUUGCGUGUUUGGAAUUGGGAUUUUGUAUGAAAUGUUUUUAUUUGUUUCAAUCUUGUUUGGGCCCAUGAGACCAUACUUGUCUGGGUUUGUUAGGCUCAAAUAAAUGGAGACUGUUGAUAUCAUUUAUGAUUGUCUAACAUUCAUCA